GCGCGGCCUGCGGGACCCGGAUCCGCCGCCAUGGCGCUGCCUGUACGCGGCUGCCCUCGGCUAGGCCAGGCCCUGGCCCUGCUCCUGCUGCUCCUGGGCCCGGCGCGGCCCAUCUCCUUCCAGCUGCCGGGCAAGGCCCGCAAGUGCCUGCGCGAAGAGAUCCACCGCGACACGCUGGUCACCGGCGAGUACGAGAUCGGGGUCCCGCCGGGGGCGGCCAGCGGCCCGUCCGCCAAUCUCAAGAUAACUGACUCAUCUGGACACAUCCUUUACUCCAAGGAGGAUGCCACUAAGGGCAAGUUCGCCUUCACCACUGAAGACUAUGAUAUGUUCGAGGCUUGCUUCGAGAGCAAGCUCCCUGUGGGAACGGGGCCGAUGCUGGACCAGCUCGUGAUCCUGGACAUGAAGCAUGGAGUGGAAGCAAAGAACUAUGAGGAGAUUGCUAAAGUGGAGAAGUUGAAGCCUCUGGAAGUGGAACUGCGGCGCCUGGAGGACCUCUCUGAGUCUAUUGUCAAUGACUUUGCUUACAUGAAGAAACGAGAGGAGGAGAUGCGGGACACCAAUGAGUCGACCAACAUCAGGGUCCUGUACUUCAGCAUCUUCUCCAUGUUCUGUCUCAUCGGACUGGCCACCUGGCAGGUCUUCUAUUUGCGUCGUUUCUUCAAAGCCAAGAAGCUGAUUGAGUAAAGGGGUAAUUCCCCUUCCCCUCCUCUCAAACCCAGCUGGACACCGCUGGGACCCAGCCAUGGCCCUCCAGAGCCAUCUUGCAGAUGAUACAUGCUGAGUGGAGGUUUUCUGCAGGAACUAUCUCCUAAGAGGGGAGGGGAGUAUAAGCACUGGAGACUACAAAGGGGCUUCUGACCUCUUGUUGGAUGGUAGGGGCGGGGGAGGUUGUGGUGGGUUUGGGGACUCCUGAGGCAGUGAUGAAAUAAAAUUUGUUUCUGUGACAGCUGCAGUUGGUUUUGCACGCUGUCUUUUCUCCUUUUAUAUUCUAAGCUUGGUGUCUCCCAUCUGUCUGUGAUCAUUGUGUUACUCUGAGCCACUUGAACCAGCUAAGCUCAUUAGGUGCCAUGCAGCUAAAAUUUGAGGAAGGGAGAACUCCAAAGUUCUGGAACCCAACCAUAUGCAAACAGAGCUUGGUGCAAAGUGACAGGGGUUGCAGUGCUAGCAGGGAGGGGGCAUUGAAUUUUAGCCUCUGUCAUAGACAUUGGUGUUUCUCCCUGUGGGAGCUGGAGUCUUUGUGAUGAUGGGUCAAUGCAUUCAGGCAGAUAAGGGUUGGAUUUGGAGGAUGGGGAGCUAACAGGCUGGGCAAGAUGUUACUGAGCUUGAAGAGAAGCCUGCUUGACUCAAACAAGCUGUUGAGAGUCAGCUCCACCCUGUCCCCAUGUGUUGCUCUUGGAUUUGCUUCUCUUUCUGAAACGAUGCAGCAGUUCCCUGAAAGUGCCUUGGUCACUGAGGGACCUUUGUGUGGAGGCAGAAGGCCUUGCUCAGAUUCAGAUUUGCAAUGCAGGCUUGGGCCCCAUCUUUAAAAUGGGAGCAUGGUAGGUUGGGAAUUUCGUGAGGCCCUCUUCUCAUCUGCUAGAGUUAAUGCCAAGUGUAGCUGGCUGGACCUUCAUUCCCUAUACAUGACAUGCCCUGUUUUGUGUUCUGGGGAUGUAUGGGACACCCUCCCGGCUGGCAUUCAGAGGAGCAGAGGGAGUGCAGAUGAAGUGGAGUACAGUACACAAUGGGAACACGGAUAUGCCCCUUCUGAGGGUCUCUGAGUUGACGAGCACAUGUGACAAUGGCAGAAAUGUCUUUCCUAAACUGGUGAGAGCAGCUGUGCUGUAUGUAGUGAGAGGCCCUCUGUAGUCCUACUGCCUCUAGCACAAUGUUGGAUUAAACAGACCAGGUAGAUUCAUUUCCUGGACUUAUCCCACAAGGGUUUCUGGGCAGAAUUUUGAAAAUUCUUUCAUCUUCCCUUAGAACAAAAAGACCAUCAGGGCCUAGCCCCUGAUCACACACCCCUCCUCCUUCCAGCCCAGAGGGCUCCCUGCCAUUCAGACAAAGCAGCAUUUAUGUUGUUUGUGUUUUCUGAAAUUAUUUUGUGAAAUGUUUUUCUAGUCUGAAUUUAUCCUUCUGCUAUUAAAAAAAAAAAAAAAAAAAAGCCCACAGGCAGCCAGGAAGGAAGAGGAGAAAAUUGAAAUUAAGACCCUCUAUUGUCUUCUAAAUCCAUUAGACAAGUCACAGUUUUGUAUCAUUUGUCCUGAAAUCUUGUAUCUUUUUUGGCUUUUUGCUCUUUCUUCACUAGCCCUUCCUCCUCCUCCCCCACCUACAAGAUCCUGACCUUGUUAGUUCCACCUGGAAGUGCCCAAGCUGCUUUUAAUUUCUGCUUUUUUAACAGCUCUGUUCAGAACCCAAGGCCCACCUGCUUUAUCCCUUUAAGCACUGGGAAGCUGUUACAACACCACAGCAAAGAUGUCUCAGGAUGGGACUGAACUAGAAGAGAUAGUUACAGGUAGUUUAGCUUCCCACAGUCUGAAGCCUGUAGCAGAUCUGCUAAGACUUAAAAAAGGGUGAGAAUUAAAAGAAUGUUUGGAGGCACUUCUCCUGUCUCUGCUUUUGCUCACCCCUUUGCUAUGUUGGCACACUGAGAUCUCUUACAUAAAUGAGGUGGUGAGGCUAGCACUACACCCAGGUGACUGUUGCUCUGUAGUCACAUUGAUGUUGCUCAGCCUCUGUCUCUGCUCUUAGCUCUUGUGGUAUGGGGACUGGGGAACAGACACUGGGAACUUGUAUAGAAUUGCCUGUAAUUACUUGUCUGGGGAUUUUGUCAUUUUUCUCAAAUAAAGCUUCCUUUGGAAAAAUAACCCUCCUGAAUUGUGUGACUCUUGUCCUCUUCAGGCCACAUUCCCACUAACUGAUUCUCCUCGCACUCCUGACUGCAGGCACGCUAACCAGGGAAGUCUCAGCACUUAAAGGAGAUUCGCAAUUUCCUCCACUCUAACUUCAGUAACUGCUUGUAAAUUAAAUUUGUCUAAGGAAUGUAAGUGAAUUCUGGGCUGCUGAAAGGAGUCAUGUUGAUAGGCCUGGAGAUUGCAGGCCUUCAGUUUGUAGAACAGGUACAGCACAGGCAUCAGCAGGACAAACAGCACUCACGCUGACCUAGAAGGACCACCUCUAACAGGGAGAGUGUCUCUGGUUGAUUAAAUCCUUGCCCUCUCUACUAACUAUGCCAUCUGAUCAUGUGGGGGCCAUCUUUUGUGAAGGAACUGGACUGAGACCAUCAAAUGAUUUCACCAAAUAACUCUCAGCUGGUAACUGACAUGGGCUGGUGCUCUGGAGGUGAAAGGCUCUGUAUCUCAUUGUCGCUUCUCUGUGACAUACAGUCCAAGUUAAUUCCUAUUCAUUAAGAAAAAUGGGGUAACUUUAGGUCUGUUCUACAGAGGGAACUUUAAAUCUCAAACAUGGGUUUGCCCCUUGUGAGUGACAAAUAUGCACUGAAUGGAGUGACUACUAGGCAAUUUCUUUAUUGUAUGCAGGCAGUAUCCCCUGUUGUGCUCCUGUACCUCUUGCUGAGAGAUGCUGGAACUGUAGUACUGGAAGCGAGCACCCCUUCCUGCACCACUUCCUCAGGUGCCCCAUAUGGUGAGAUGGGUAAUUGCUAAUUCCCCAUAUGAUCUGUGCUGCUGCAUCAUUCUUUAGAACACCCCUGGCAUUGCAGGAGUAGAGGAAAGGAUUUCAGACUAGUGUUUUCAGGAGAGCUUCCAUUCUCUCCAGUUAAGUGUUGUUGCAGCCAAAAAAAUCCAUACUUCUAUGGCAGCUUACUUUCUGGUGUGCAUACUACAGACAUCUCCAGAGGAGCUGGCCCCAGGUGACCUAGUCUAGGCCCUCUCAUCCUGUACUCUUGCAACCUUAUUUGUUAUGUUUAUACAGUGCCUGACACAAUGGGGCUCAGGCCUGUGGCUGCUAUUGGAAUAAUAACUGUCAAUAGACAGUUCUGCCAUUCAGCAUUUCAGGAAGGGAAAUUCUCAGCCCUGUCAGAUAAGGUGUAGUCUCUCUGUAUACAUUUAAGUAUAUAAUCACUAGAUACAGCUGUUCUCUCAUCUGGAUAGUUUGGAUUUGGGUCUGGAUCUCCUCAAAGGUCUUAGGGAGUUGAUGUGGUUUGUUAAUUCUGUUCCAAGUCUGAGCAAUGGGCUGAAGCUGAGCUAUUCAGAUAAUUGGGUCUUGGCCCAUCUCUACUUGUGACAAACACAUCACCAGUAGAUGUAAUUAUUGAAGCAAACUGCAUCAGACAGACAGUGCCAGGCAUCUUCCACCCACCCAUUCUAACUGAACAUGACUAACAAUUCCUACAUUAUUUAGACAGUACAUAAACAUUUUACCUAGAACUGCUUUAACUCAGAUAUAGCCUCAUAUAUUCCAUCUCUCUUCCUAUGUCAGGGCAAAUUCUAUGCUCUGUACAGAAUACCUACCUCAGCUGCUCUAUUUUUUGUUAUGUAAUUAACAUUCUAGACCAUAUCACACACCUCCCAGAAGACAUCAAAAUGUGUAACAAAUAACCACAAUGUGGAACACCUGUGUUUUGUUGCAUGCUAUGCCAUGACUGAUGGUAGAUAAUGUUUUCUAACUAAAACAUGUUAAAGACAUUUUCUUGCUGUGUGUGUCAAAUAAACCAAUCUGUUAGAGAAGGGUAGUGGGUCCCUACCUGGGCAUCUCAUGGAAAGAUAAGGGUUUGGAAAAAGAGGGAUGGUCCCUGCCAAGGGUCUCCAAAUUCACUUAAUGUUGGUGGACUCCCCUUCUGAAUUAACUUGGUUUAAGCUGGCCCUACUUUUAGCUUCCUUUGUUACUGCCUUCACCAGUACUUGCCUUCCUGAGGCUCACGAGGCCCUCAGGCUCUGCUCCUCUCUCCCUCUACCCUUAAUGAGCAGAGAGAAGCCUCUGAGAGUGGGAACUUAACUACCCUGGAGCGGAUAGUUGCGGUUGGGGAAGGAGGGCAUGGGACCAAUGCAUCUUUCACAGGAGGAGAGCAGGGAGUAAAGAGAGAAUGGCACCUAUUAGCUUGUGAAGAGCACAGCAGUUCAGGUCCUACUCUGCUCUUUGCCUUUUCCCCUCCUCCCUCUGUAAAAAUGUAUCAUCAUACCCAGUUGCUGUCCCCCUUCUGCCUACCCAAAACAACCCCGGGCAUCCUUCUGGGCUUGUUUCCUUAGAGGCCCCUCUCUCCUCCUUAGAAGGGAGGUGGAAAUGGGAGAAGGGGAGCAGAAAGCAAAAUGCACUGUAGAAGCCUGGGACACUUGAGUUCCCUGCCAUACCAAAAAUAUUAAACUGGUAUUAGUCACCUAGCACAGAAAGAACGAGCAAUGAGAAAAAGGGAUCAAUGUAUGUAUGAUAUUUGGAUGGUUUAAUAUGAAUUUUCAUAUUAUAAAUGGACAUUAUAGUGAGAGGCAAAUUAGAAAUACCUAAAGAUUACAUCCUGUAUCUGCAUUACGGUGAUAGAUUAUCUCCAUACUUUGUUUUAUUAACUAACAUGUGGUGUAUAGCUGAAGCAAUACUUAGGUUAUCUGGCAACCUUAACUUUGAGCUAAAGUUUUUGGCUGAAAAUGUCCUUUUGGAGGACUAGGGGUUGGGGAGAGGGAGAGAGAGGAACAAAGCAGCAGAAGAUACUUUAGGAGCUUAAGCUGAUUUCAGUUAUAAAGUUAUAUGUGGAUAAAACUUUGUGUCAGAGACUUUAAAUGAAUUAUUUUCAGUGUGUAAAGGGGUAUAUGUCUAAGUCUUUAUGUACUGAAAAGAAUUCAGUGUAUAAAUUUUGAUGCAAUUGUAAACUCUUCAGGGCAUGUUUGUCCUCCUGUGUGCUUGAGGUAGAAUGGUAGAGUGAUUCCAGUUGGGGCCAUUGGAUGCUACCACUAUACAAAUAAUAAAUAAAUAAGAAUAAAUGUGAAUAA